AUGUGGGCUUUACUUGGUAUUCUGGUCGGGUUGUUUAACAGCACAACCACAACUACAACAACUUUGGAAGCUUCCUUGGAUGUGUCAGACAUUAGCUGCCUGAUCGCCACAACGGAAUCCGCUCAAACCACCUAUAUAUAUCGAUGUUUUAGCUGCCCCGCAGCUAAUUCUGUUACUUAUUUGACUUUGGAGCAGAAGCUGUAUCGUUGUGUGGCUUCGCAGUUGCCGAGUUGUAUGCGCAGCAUAGAAGCUCACGAGAUCGAGCCAAUUCAUCAGACAAGUAGCAUGAAUAUUUUUCAUAUACCCGCUGGCGACGCUGGACAGCCUCUGGUGCGCCGAAUUGUGGACAUGCUGAAUGCUCGACAGCCGAGGCGACAUGUCCAUAAAUAUCUGUUCGUUUGGCCAGAAGCUAGUGAGCAACAGCUAAGGCAACUGUUUGAAGAAUGUUGGCGAAAGCAAUUGCUCUUCGCUUUGGCAAUUAUCCACCAGGAGGGUAUCUACGAUUUCCAACCAUUUGGUGAAGAGGGACUGGAACUCAAAAAGGUAUCCAGUGAUGCCUUCUACAUUGACAAGUUGAGGAAUUUGCAUGGAUAUGAACUCCGGUUUUCUAUGUUCACCCAUCCGCUGCGGGCCCUGCCGCUUAAUCCUGUGGAGAGCGCAGGCUAUGAAGCUAUUGAUGGGUCCGUUGCACGACUUUUGGCUAAAAAACUAAAUGCCACAGCUCGCUAUGUGGUGCCUCGUGAUGGCGAAGCCUAUGGACGUUGCCUGGAGAACGGCAGUUUUACGGGCGUCGUGCAGGACUUGGUAAAUGGGGAAACGCAUAUUGCACUCAACAUUCGCUUUGUCUUGGAAUGUAUGAUGCCGUUGCUAGAAUCGCUAUAUCCAUACACCCGAACCGUUCUCAGCUUGGUGGUUCCUGCGGCGGGACUGCAACCGGAGUAUCUUAUCUUUGUGACCGCUUUUCGGAAUUCCGUUUGGCAUCUGCUACUGGCCAAUUUCUUGAUUGCCUUUGUGCUUUUCCUCAUAUUACAGUGGCUGCUAGAGAGCAUUGUCGGAGAUGCUGGUUCCCACUGGUAUGAUAUUUUUGAAAUGCUCUUUAAGACGCAUUUGGGCCAACCCGUCGAUCGUUUCUCGCGCAUCAGCUCUCUACGAGCAUUUCUCAUGGGAUGGAUUCUUUUCAGCUAUGUGUUGACUUCUAUAUACUUUGGUAAGUUAGAGAGCAGCUUUGUCCAGCCAAAUUAUGAGCCACAGAUAAAUUCACUGGAUGAGCUACCACCACAUGGUCUGCGUGUGCACGGAAUAGAUACCAUGUUUGAGGCUGUGAGCUUAUCACUUUCGGAGCGACAUUACCGUCUUCUUACAGCCAAUCACCGAGUGCACCCUCUUAGAGAUAGUGAACAUUUUUUUGAGCUGUUAAUCAGCCGUCGUUAUAAAAAAGACGUUUUUAUUAUGCGUGAUGACAAGGCCAGAGAAUUCCUGGCUCUCACCUACAAUGCAGAGGCGGACCGUCCCGCCUAUCACAUUGUCAAGCAAUACCUGAGAUCUAUGCCGAGCACCUAUGUGCUACCACUGGGCUCCCCGUUUUUAUACAAGUUUCAGCGAAUGUUGAGUAAUUUUUAUGAGCACGGAUUAUUCGAGUAUUGGUUGCGCAGGGAUGUUGUGCAACGGAGUCGAACCUCGCAAUCCGAUGAAUUUUUCGAGGAUCUUGGAGCGCAGGCAGACCUGGAAGCAGAGGAUGCAGAUUUCGAAGAGUGGCGCCAAAAACGAGUGGUGCUUACUUUGGACAUUUUACAGGGUGCAUUUUAUUUGUGGGUCAUUGGCAUUAUUCUGAGCAUAUUUGGAUUUCUACUGGAGCAGGGCUAUUUCCAGUGGCGGCGCAUGCAACGUGGGACACUUUUCCACGUUUGA